AUGGCCGAAUUAUCCGUAUCUAAGUCAGCAGUGAGCUCACCAAGCAAUGCUGAGUCCAAUCUUAAUUCAUCUAGACAUAAAAAGAAAUUAAUUGAUCAUUUUUUCCCUCUUUAUGAUCAGAUCAUGCAACGAGUUCACUUGCCAAACUGGUUUUCGACCUUGUGUGACAUUUUCCUUGCAUUCCAAGUUCUUACUUCUGGAUUUUGGAUCUUUUCUCAGCCUUUCCAACGAACUACAGGCGUUUGGAAGAAGAUCUAUUACUGGAUCAAUAUGAUUGUCUCUUUCCAAGAUCCAUUAAAUACAAGUGAAACUAGAUUAAUCAAUGCAGGCAUAUGUAUAGGUGUCUCGAUUUUUGCAAUAAUGUGGCUUAUUUUCAUGGUCUACUACUAUUACAACAAUUUUGUUAUCCCAACUGUGUUCUUAUAUCUAUCUGUAGUCUUCCUUGACCUUAUUGCUCCAGCAUUCAUCAUGCCGUCAGCUUAUACAGCAGGAUAUGGAAUUGCCUCCUUAUUAGUCGCCCAUAACCAUGAUUUUAUUGUUGAAAUAGUUCUUGGAUCAAUAUCCUAUAUAGUAGCUCUCUUCUUCUUCAUUCUUGGAACACUUUUGAAAUCUCGGUCGGUAAUUUUCACAAAUUUAACCUACCAAUGCUACGAUUCUACAUUCGUUAUAGUUUGGUUUUCCAUGACCUCAUUCGAAUGCAUUCUCAGCGCCAUUUUCCGUGCAUUUGAUGGAAAAUUUUAUUUAUUCAUUCCAAUUAUCCACUUAGGAUGUGCACUUUGGAUGUGUUAUAGAACUAUGUUCAUUCCUUUCUAUGCGUUAUGGCGAAAUCCAAUCUGUUUCCAGUUCGGAAUGGUCACAACAGCCUUAGACAUCAAUUUGGUCGUAUUAUAUUUAGCUCCAAAACUUAUUUAUAACUAUACAAUUGUUGUUUUCCUUGCUAUUACUGUUUUUGCACAUCCUGUCGGUCAAUUCGUUUUCAAAUUAAUUGUUUCGAAGAAAAAGAAACAAUUAACAAAUAACGAAGAGAUCUCUGACAUGACAGAAUACUUCGAUUCCCUUGGAAUUGUUAAAAGUGCUUCACAUUGUAUGAGUUAUAUCGUUGUUGGAAUGGCAGAAAUGUGUGAUUACUUCAUAGAUGGUGCCCUGACAGACUACAUCAUAUUAAGAGGUGAAGGAGAAGGAAUAUUAUCCUUGAUGUUACAAGUAAUGACAUAUCUUCCUUGUGAAUCACAAAAAUUGAACAUGUUGUACAAGAAAUUGAUCAAAAAACGUAAUUUAUCGUUCAUUAACCGUUUCUUGAUCUUCCAAAUCUCAAUGGUCAGAACAAGAAGAUUAGUUACUAACACAAAAGACACAUUAGAGAUCUUUACAAGACUGAAAUCCCUUAAUGAACAGAUUAAGUUCAGAAUCAACUCAUUUUGGGACCUUUCCAGUGCUAAAUCAAGUUUUUUGAGUGAAUUAGUUAAUUCUACACAAAAAUUACAGAACCAGUUCGAAUAUACUUUGAAGCACAAUCCAAACAACACAAGAAUUAUCAAUGAAUACGUCAAUUUUUUGGUUGAAUGCAGAUGUGAUUUUGACGAAGCAAUUUUACAAGCACUUAAAAGUGAUAUGAUAUGUGAUGGAAAGGAUUUCAAUGUUGAUGUAUCAUUUAGAAGCUUCGUUUCUAAGUUCCCUUUAUAUUUGAAGAAGAAAAUUUUUGAUUUCAGAGGUAGAAAAAUGGUUUCUGAUUCAAGUAUGAAGAAAGAUGACAAGAACAUCAUGGAUAACUCAAUGAACAACGUCAAGUCAUCGACGACAAGUAAUUCUUCUGGUAUCGAGUUCAUGCCAACAUCUGUUGACAAUGAAAGUGAAGAACAAGUUGGCGGAAGAAUUAUUAAACAAUCAAAAGUCAGAAUUUUAUUAAAUAGAAACAUCAAAGAUUCAACACCAACACAAUCUAGGUGGGUAAUUAUUUCUAGUUUAUUGACAUUCUCUAUAGGUGUUGUUAUAUUAAUUGCUUUCUAUUUCACACAAAGUAAUUCGUUGAAUUUCAGAAUAGUCUAG